AAUUGAGCAAAGCUAAAAUAAAAAAAAAAACCAAAUAUAUUAAUUGAUACAAUAUUGCAUGCUAUAAUCAAUAUAAUAAUACUGAUCUUGAUAAAUACUAUACCAUUUGAAAAAAAAAUUGUUAUAUUUUAAGAAAGAAGUCACCAUAUAGCAUGGAGUAUGGAGGAAAAAUGUGUUCCUUAUCAUUUCCAGUUCUAAUACUGUCAUUGCAACUUGCCUUCUCUUUCCCAAACCACUAUCCUUACCAACGGAACCACAUGCUUAAAACCUUCAACAUUUCAACUUCAUUGUCUCCUUCAACCUCUUUCUCAACCCCAAAACAUUACCACCCACAAAGCACCAGUCACCCUCUUCAAGAAGCUUUCCGUUCAAGCAGUAGAAGAGACCCGAACCUUUCAGUUCUUGCUCUUUUGAUAACUGGGUCAUUACAAAACUUGUCUAACAACAUCUCUUUGGCUCAAGAAUUGGAGCUUGAUAGAUACACUGACUCCAAGGAGGGUUUCACUCUCCGUGGACCCUCUUCUUAUGUUCAGGUGGAUAAAGCAGGGGCAACAGUGCUGUUUGAGGAGGCUAGUAAGGGGAGUAACAAUAUUGGUGUUGUGGUGACCCCAGUUCGUUUAACAAGCCUCGGUGAAUUUGGGAGUCCUCAAUUUGUGGCUGACAAGCUUAUUCAAGCUGAAAAGAAAAAGGAAAGCACGAAGGAUGCCGAGGUUAUUUCUGUGGCUGAGAGAUCAGGCCAUGGAGGUCUCCAAGUGUAUGAAUUUGAAUACAAGGUUGACAGUACUAGGGGAGGGAUGAAGAGGAUCUUCUCAGCUGCAUUUGUGUCCUCUAAGAGGCUUUACCUCUUAAAAUAUUACCCACUCGGACAAGACAGAGAGCCCUCUUGAAGCUCAUACCAAACGAUUUUGGAAGAAGUGCUUAAUUCAUUUGAUGUAGUUCCAGUUACAUGAUUCUACAGCCCAUUCUUUUGGGGCAGGUGCUUGAUAGAGUAGACCUCUUGAAUCUUCAAAGCUUAAGGUAACUCCAGCAUUUGCCUCAUACCGCAGUUAUAUCAAACUUAGGUAACCAAAGCUGGCUGACUAAAUGGCGUUGCAUGAAGCACUCAGAAGUGAAUGGCUUCUGUUUUAUUUCACAUAACAAAAGUACAUCCUUCCAGUGCUGUACAUUACCGCAACCUAUUCGGGAGAUGAGAGUCUGGCAGGGCUUCUUAUUUUAUUUAGGCUCCUGCAUUCAGAUGCUUCCACAUUUAUGUAUGCACUUUGAAAAAAAGUUCAGAUCUAUGAAAAGUUGGUACUUUAUUGGUCGUUUUAAUCUCUUAGCAAACAAAAGGAUUUCAUGCUCCUUUAUUUUUAUAAUUACAAGAAGAUAUUUCUGGAA